AUGGCGGCUUCUGCUUUGAUGAGCGAAAAACUGGCGCCCAUCAUGGCGUCGUUAAUUUCAAGGAGGAACACGGAGAGGUAUGCUUAAGUACAUUUUGUAAGCCUUAGUCGUAAGCGUGGGAAUCAGUUCUUUUUGUUAAUUCCUUCCGCUAAGGAUAGCUCACGGUACAGAAACUUUUAUCGGCUUUGAAACAGUUGAUGACAGUGUAGCCAGUUGGUUUUUAAGGGGGAAUUAUCUUUAAGGUCAUCAAAUGGAGCGUUCGAUUUAUCGAUCGAAGGUGAGCUUAAGCCUAAGCUUAUAUUUUGUCGAUUUAGUGACAUAAAAUUUAUUAUGAGAGAUUGUGUGCACGUGUAUUAAACGUUAAAGAAUUAAAAUUGAAGCUUCUUCGGUUUCCUUGAUUCUACUUUAUCCGUGGAUUUGCGCUAUAGCAAAUGUUUUGGAAGUGGGGUAGUGGUGUGAGGGGGAGGGGGUGGGGUGCUAGGGGCGUGAGGAAAGGCUCUGGGGAUGUUUCUUAUUUUUCGAAAGAAGCAUUCAGAUUUUCAUGAAUAAGUUAUGAAUAAUUUUAAAAGUUCAGCCUACACUGUAAACUUCAACCUGUCAAUAGUUCUUCAAAUAUGGUUGUGUGAGUAAAUGACUAUGAGAGCCCUAUGUGGUAAACAAAAUUAAUUGUUCCUCGCUGAUCAACCUCCCGGGGGGUGGGGGUUGGGGGGGGGGGCUGGUGAGUGGGGUACUUCCGUAUAAGAGGCUAAUGGGCCAGGGGGGAUGUGCCGCUGGAUAGGAUCGCAUUUUCACGACUGAAUUGACUAUAAUGGUUUGCCUCUAAUAGAGUUACUAGAAUGGGGUCGCACAUUUUCGGACUUUUGGGGUAAGAAAGUUCUUCAUGUUUACAGUUAGCAAACGUACCAUGGUGUUUGUACUGUAGGUGAAAAGUAAAGUGUUCUAUAUUCAAUUUAAAACUGAAUGUGUCAAUUCAUUUUAGGGUGACCUAUUUAAAGGAUUGAUAGGGCACAGGUAGAUACAUUGGGUCUAUAAUAUUAUUGGCCACAAAAUAGAAUUUAAUGGGGUAAGGGCUCUGAGAGGCCAGCUGCACAUACCCAGCAAAAAUUAACCUAAGUACCUCCCCUGGGUGAACCUUGUUAGAGAAUGUUUCACAUGCCAUGUGUUAAAAAAACUUAAUGACUGGCUCCAUGGGUGAGACAGGCAGUGAGACAUCAUUUUGUUUUCUCUCAACCCAAACAGAUUUCCAGGGGUGCAGCCUAGAGCCUCCUACUGGUUGAUUUUAAUGGCUGAAAAUUAGCUCAUCUCCAGCUAAGGCUGUGCUCUAAGGAAAAUUCAAGGGAGCUUAGUGCUCUGAACCUGCAAAAUCUAGGGUGCCCAGCAUAUGAUUUGUAUGAAAAAAACUAAGAUUUUCUAGUUGCCCGAGAGCAAAAGUUUGGGUUCUUCUAAAGCACAGCUCUGCCAGCUCAAAUUACAUUAGAAAACAUAAUUUUGUGAAUUUUUUUUUAUAUCAAAUGUGAAAAUUGUGAAAUGAAAGACCCGCGAAAUUAGGUACCAGUAAGGUAUGCUGGGCUCCCUUAGAGAUCGGCCAUGCAUUAACUACAGGCUGCGCGUAACAAUUUUCUUAUGAUGUAUGCUCUCUGUAUCUGUAUUUUUCAGCCUCAGCACUCAAGAACAUUACAUGUCAGCUAAGGAAAUAAGGAAACUCCUCUGUGAAUUUAUUAACAGCAUAUUGACAGAUUUGGAUGCAGGUAGGGAAGCACUCUAGAGUGUCAAGUGUUUAUUGAUGCUUGGUUUUGUGAAUGUGUUGGUUUUGCUUUUUAUUUGGCAAAAAGUAAUUAUAGAGCACAGUUUUAGUAAAAAUUAUUAUUGACUUACACUCAUUUGAUAAACUUGAUUUUGCCCUCUCCCCCCCCCAAAAAAAUUAGAACUUGUUUUGUGCAUUAUUGCUACAUUUUACUCUGUUAAGUGUUGCUAAUGAUUGUAAUUUUAAGGACUGUUAUCUUUGGUGAUUUUUUUCCCAUCUAUUCUUAUGACCUACAUGUAGUGUAUGUGUCAUCACAUCCAAGUAAUAAUAUUGUAGAGAUAAGUUUCUUCUUAUCAGUAUAAGGGCCAAUCAAGAAGAGGGGAGCAGUUGGUAGGCUUUUUUCUUAUAAUAGACACUAGUAUUGUUCACUAUGUUUCAACUCCCUAUUGCUAUCCUUCAUGUGAUGGCAUGGGCCUUUGUCAUGCGAUGGCCAUUUUGUCCUGAGAGACUAAAGUAGAUUUUUUUUACCUGUCUAGCCUCCCUGCCAAGUUUUUCACUGUGAGGUCGAGGAUGGUAAAACAAAAUUUCAGUCUCUCGGGACAAUAUGGCCGCCUUGCGAAAAGGGCUUAUUGGAUUGCUGUGUUAGAUUGUUAAUAAUAAUUAAUUAAUUAUUAGAUUAGCAGUAAAUUUGUGAAUGAUUAGUCCAGUGAGUAGAGCUUUUAUUAUAGUCAUUACCUGCUAUUUUCAGUAUUCAAA